GUGGGCGGAGCCUGUGCGUUUGGUGGGUGUGGCCCGUGAGGCGGACGUCGGGGGCGUGGCUUCAGCGGGAGUGGCUGGCGGUAGCUAAGCGCGGGUGGCGGGAAGGAAAUACGCCGGCGGGAGUGUGCUCGCUUCCUUCUCGCAACCGGAACUGUUUCGGCAAUCUUGGCUAACUGCUCCUGCUCCGGGAGAGGCUGUAAACUGCUCAGAGUCUGCCUCCUUUUCCUUUCCUCCGCUUUUCCCUGAAGGUGAAAAGUCGAAGCGUGGAUAGACACACCUCCAGGGCCCAAAGUCCACGGCCACGGAGGCGCCAUUACCCUCCGGACUCAUUCGCUAAAACUCCUUUGGGAGCCUUGGCUCAGGGUUAGCAGAUGCCACAACCUUGCCUUUUGAUGCAGUGUGAAUCCAGUCCAAGGGAAGAGGAGAUCCCGCCCCUCUUUUGGGGUCUGGAUCCUGUGUUUCUAGCCUUUGCAAAACUCUACAUCAAGGAUAUCCUGGAGAUGAAGGAGUCCCAACAAGUGCCAGGUACAUAUUUUUACAAUGGGCAUCCAAUAAGACGGGUGGAUAUCAUGGGAGCUGUCAUCAGCAUGAGAGAGAGAGAGGCUUUCUACAGCUAUGGAGUGGACGAUGCCACUGGGGUUAUAAACUGCGUCUGCUGGAAAAAGACGAGCAAUUCUGAAUCUUCCUCAGACCGAGCUAUUCUGAGCACUACGAGAGAGCUUAGGAUGACCUCACAGCUUAAGAAGCUUCAGGAGACCAUCGAGCAGAAAACCAAGAUAGGGAUUGGGGAUGUCAUCCGAGUCCGAGGCUAUGUGCGCAUGUUCCGAGAAGAGCGAGAGAUCUGUGCCACCAUUUAUUAUAAGGUGGAUGAUCCAGUGUGGAACAUGCAAAUUGCAAGGAUGCUUGAGUUGCCCGAGCUCUACAAGAAGGUGUAUGACCAGCCCUUCCAUAACCCAGCCUUAAAGGAAGAAGAGGCACUAAAUAAAGGCACUUUGGAUCUCGCUGGCCUCACGUCUUUGUUGAGUGAGAAAGUUAAAGAAUUCCUCCAGGAGAAGAAAGUGGAAAGCUUCUUCCAGCAGGAGUUAGAAAUGGUGGAGUCCUUGCAGUCUCUGGCCAGUCAGCCUGUGACCCACAGCACGUGCUCGGACCAAGUGGAGUUAAAAAACAACAGCACUUCGGACGUACAGCAUAGUGUGUUUAAGAAUGCUCUACAGUUGCUUCAGGAAAAGGGGCUUGUGUUCCAGAGAGAAGGCGGCUCUGAUAAGCUGUACUAUGUAACCACCAAAGACAAAGAUCUGCACCAGAAGAUCUACCAGAUCAUUAAGGAAGAGUGUCAGAAACCAAAUCAUAUGGAGAAGGGCUGCCACUUGCUGCACAUCCUGAACUGCAUGCACCUCAACCUCCACUGGGACCUGAGCAAGGCUGUGCUGCAGCAGGUGCUGGAGCUCCUGGAGGACCAGAGUGACAUUGUGAGCACCGCAGACCUCUACUACACAGCCUUCUGAGCAGAGCCGUGGAACAAAGACAGGUGGCCUCCCCCAGGUUCUGCUCACAGGCACAGUACAGACUAACAUGUGUAUAAUCCCAUAAUAAAUUCCAAUAGUCACAGGAAAAUAGGGCUGCACUUCCUGCUGCUUGCUGUGCCCUGAGACAGAUGGCUUUGUUGUCAGCCAUGACACACACAAACCCUCCUUGUCAGCUCCCUGGCCGGACUCAGUGUCACUCAGAAUAGAAUGGGAGGAAACAAUGUUGCUGGUUUAAUCACUGUGUCUGAAUUCAGGGACCCCCCUCUUGAUAGAGGGACAUCCCAGGGUAAAGGCUCCUACACAUCUGAACUGGAGAGUCAACAGCCAGACUCCACUGUCUGAAAACGUCACACUCCAGGUUACCACGUACACCCCACCAGGCGCCCGUGAUGUGUUGAAAGCUCAUAUGGGGCAUUGCCUCCUCCAGUAAUUGACAUUUGCCUGUGGUUCCUGAAGCUUCAGCAGUAGCAGUGAGGGCUGCUGAGGCUUGCACAUCUGCAUUGGAGAAUAAAGAAUCUGAUGCAUG